CCACGGUCCCGUCCCGUCUCGCCCGUUCGACUUCGACACUCUUUGUCCUGUACUUUUGGUUUCUGCCCCCCGUCUGCUCCCGGUGGUAAACAUUUGGCGCCAAACGGGCAUCCUGACAACACUGCUGCUCCCGCCUUUAAGUUUUAUUUUCGAACCGGCUUCGUGUGACUAUGUGACUGAAUUAUUAUGCCCCGUGCUGCUCAGACUCGUCACGGAAAGCUACUCCGAUGGUAUGGUAAACUGUCGAGCAGCGUCUCCAUUAGCCUAGCGCAUUAGCCGGCAUUAGCACUCCCUGCUCGAGCAUGGCUAAUCGGGAGGUUCUGACCCGGGUUCCGCCCCGUCUGGUCUGGACAGCUGUUUGCUCUUCGUAUGUUCAACGGGGCGGUGUGGCGGUGGUGGUGGUGAUGCGUUCCCACAGAGGACAGACGCCCUUAAAAGUCAACACCGUGGGACGACACACCGUCACAGGACCUUGCCCUUGUGUUGCAGUGGCGGUCGGGCCAUGGUGGACGUGCUGACGACCCGCGUCCAGGACAUGUACUCGACGUGGAGGCCCCGCAGCCCGGGGGCGCACGCCGCCUCCAACGCCCCCGUGGCGCAGCAGCCCGCCGGCGCCGAUGACGCGCUCACGGGCAUCGCCAUGAGGAGGAUGGCGUCCUACCAGCGCCAGCAGCGGCGCCAGGACAACCAGCGGAUCACCAAGCAGCUGAGCGACAGGCGUCUGUUCCACCUGAAGGACUCGCAGUGGGAUGUGCUCACGGACAACCCGAAGCGUCCCCUCAUGGGACUGGCUUGCAACGCAUGCAACCCUGACUCGAGGGUAAGUGGCCUUUUGGGAUUGGUUUGGUGCUGAAUUGUUCUAUUUAGA